AAAAUCUGUCUUUGCUAAACACUAAGCCACACACGUGUACAACUGUACACAGUGACUUCUCAUGAAAUCUCGCGAUGGUUGACUCAGACGAGAUCACAGCACGGAAGAAAUGACGUCUUGUCAACAACACUAACAUAGUGGAAAAGUGCCUGCAUCCCGCUGUCCCCAUGACAACCCCUCCUCUGGCCCCGUUCCCCGGGCAACAGGCUCAGGCAGCUCGGGAUGUGAACACAGCCUCACUAUGUCGGAUCGGACAGGAGACGGUGCAGGACAUCGUCUUACGCACCAUGGAGAUCUUUCAGCUGCUGAGAAACAUGCAGCUGCCGAACGGAGUCACCUAUCAUCCCAACACUCAUCAGGACCGGUUGGGGAAACUGCAGGAGCACCUGCGGAUGCUCUCCGUGCUUUUCCGCAAGCUCCGUCUCGUCUACGACAAAUGCAAUGAGAACUGCGCUGGUCUGGAGCCGAUACCUCCCGAGCAACUUAUCCCUUAUGUAGAGGAUGACAGUUCUAAACUGGACGACCGAAUGGCCAAUCAAACGCGUGCAUCCAGCGAAGAGAGGAGAGAAGUACUGGAAGUUAACAAGAAACUCAAACAGAAGAAUCAACAGCUGAAGAUGAUCAUGGACCAGCUCAGAAACCUCAUCUGGGAGAUAAACUCCAUGCUGGCUGUCAGGAGCUGAAACACACACACGUGUUGGUGCGUUCAGGUCCUCCUGGGAAGUUUGUAUUUACGAGUUGUGUUUACGACGUCAGCUGCGUUCAUGUCACUUUCGUUGGAACAAGAUAUAAACGCAGCAAAGUUUUUAAACUCUACUUUUGGAAAAUGAAGAAAAAAGAAUGUGCAUAAGGUGUGUUUUGUGUUCUUAAUUUAUGAAGCCACUCUAAACUUUAUCGUAUCGUAUUAUAUUGGUAUAUUACAAUGCAGGCAAUCAUUUUGUUGUAAAAAAACCUGAGAAUGUCACUGCUAAAUACUUUUACGUUUUGUGGUAGCUUAAAGAAAAUCCCAAGCUUCCCACUCAUAUUUACGACUUUGUGGUGGCGUUCAACUCGUAAAUACGAUCUUUCCGACACGGCUUGAACUGAGUUCGCUGUUUUCAGCAGGAAGAUGGAUGCAGAAAAGAGCAGCGAGGCACAAAAUUGAGAGAAGGUAGAAAGCGAAAAGAGGAGUGAGCUGGAGAAAUUCAGCUACAUUCAUAACACACGGUUGGAAUACCAUUCGGUUCAGCUGUCUUGGAUUCAAUUUUCAGCCUGAUGAACAUUAGGAGGUCUGAGCAGUCUGCUCAUUCACUCAGAUAUGCUUUAAAAUGAACCUUUUAUGCAAGUAUAGUCCUCGUGUUUUGCAUGAGCGAUAGCUCCUAUUUACUUUUAAACUGUAUAUUUCUCAAUCAUAACUUACAGAGAAUAUUGUGUGAAACAGCCUAUUAGUGUGGUGUUAAUAUAUCUACAUAAAAACCAA